GCAGCGGGAGGGGGCCCCGCUCGGGCGCUGGCUAGUGAGUGAAGCGCGUGCUCGAGAAGGCGGGUGAAAGUGCGCGUGCGCAAACCAGUCAGUCAGUCAGCGUGUGCGCGCGCUGUCUCUGUGUCGCCGCCUGCUCUCGCUCCCGCGUUUUCUGUCUCCUGAGGUAAAAAAGGCGAAGGGAGCCGUUGCUGCUGAGGCGCCGCCGCCGCCGCCUCUUCCCGUUUUCUUUGGCCGGCCCUGAGAGGAGCCUCAGAAAGGCGCGCAGAGCCCAGCUCGGCCCGGCGACACCGCCUCAGCCCCGGCGGCAGCAGCGGCAGCAGCGGCAGCAACAGCGACGACGGCGCUGGCGGCCAUCAGCAUGAGCGACCGCGAGCAGCUGCUGCAGCGAGCCCGCCUGGCUGAGCAGGCGGAGCGGUACGACGACAUGGCCUCGGCCAUGAAAGCGGUGACUGAGCUGAAUGAGCCCCUUUCAAAUGAAGACCGGAACCUGCUGUCUGUCGCGUACAAGAAUGUAGUUGGUGCCAGGCGAUCUUCCUGGCGAGUCAUUAGCAGCAUAGAGCAGAAGACCAUGGCCGACGGGAACGAGAAGAAGCUGGAAAAGGUGAAGGCGUACAGGGAGAAGAUUGAGAAGGAGCUGGAGACGGUGUGCAACGACGUUUUGGCCCUCCUAGAUAAGUUCUUGAUCAAGAACUGCAGUGACAUUCAGUACGAGAGCAAAGUCUUUUACCUGAAGAUGAAAGGAGACUACUUUCGCUACUUGGCAGAAGUGGCGGCUGGCGAGAAGAAGAAUAGUGUUGUGGAAGCGUCGGAGGCCGCUUACAAAGAAGCCUUCGAAAUCAGCAAAGAGCACAUGCAGCCCACACACCCGAUCCGGCUGGGGCUGGCGCUCAACUUCUCUGUCUUCUACUACGAAAUCCAGAAUGCCCCUGAGCAGGCCUGCCUUCUAGCCAAACAAGCUUUUGAUGACGCCAUAGCAGAGCUGGACACACUCAACGAGGAUUCCUACAAGGACUCCACUCUUAUCAUGCAGCUGCUUCGAGACAACCUCACUCUCUGGACAAGUGACCAGCAGGAUGAGGAGGCAGGGGAGGGCAACAAUUGAAGGCUUCCCACAUCACAGCUUUCCAUCAGCCACCACCUCAUCACUAUCACCAAUACUUCUUUGCCACAAUCACACUAUGUAUGUAGCGCUAAGCAUCAAUGUAUUGUUGGCACAGCUGUGGGGCCUGCCAGGUGUGGCAUCAGACAGGUCUUCAUGGGCACUGCUGGACUAAAUGGUGUGUCAGCCCUGCUUAUCGUGGCCUACUGUGCAGGAAGAAACUUAAAAUGAGGCAUUUUAGUUUCAUUUUAUUCAUAUUAUAUGGGUUAGUAAAAUAAUGGAAGUGUUUGAGGAGGAUUGGAAGUUGAGCCUUUAAAUUUCCUCUUGGAAGGAGUGGAUUGUGUCAGUUCAGAAGUACAUGCAAAACACACACACACGGAAAUGGCUAUAAGUUGGUGUGAACUGAUUUUGUCCUGUUUAAUCAACUUUAAAAUGUGAGGUUCUAUAACAGUCUGUGCUUGCCUCUUUUUUUGCACAGACUUGGUUUCAGGCAAUGCAUCUUGAGGUCUUGAUUUUGAUACUUGUAAGCUUUUUUUUUUUUUUUUGCAGUUUUGAAGAAUCAUGAUUUAUUUUUUGUGAAUUCUUUGGCUGUUCAGUUGCCAGUGUAUUCUGACAGCGCAAUGUCAAUGUUAGCCCAUGUUAAGAUGGAUGAUGAGAUGCCAGAGUUCUCCUAAAUUAAGUGUUUCGAAAUUAAAAAAAAAUAAAACUGCUGCUUUGGGGAGG